AAAAAAAAAGGACUAAAAAAAUACACCAUCUUCCCUCCCUCCCUCCCCUCCAAUGUCUUUGAUUUUAUACUAAUCCAUCCAUCACACUAGUGGCUACUGCUCUCUUCUGUCACACGCAAUUUCGGCCUUAGUGUGUGUGUGUGUGUUUCUUGAAAGGUUAAAAACAGAGAGCCGAUUCUUCUUUUCAACCCACCGAUUGUUUUGUAUAUCAAAAGGGAAAAGUCGAUAGGGACAUGAAUAAGAUGGAAAGAGAGAGUGAAAUCAAGGUAUCAAAGUUCAAAAGAAUUUGUGUUUUCUGUGGGAGUAGUCAAGGAAAGAAAAGCAGCUACCAAGAUGCUGCUAUUGAGCUUGGGAAAGAACUGGUUUCAAGAAACAUUGAUCUCGUGUAUGGAGGAGGUAGCAUUGGCUUAAUGGGAUUGGUCUCGCAAGCUGUCCACGAUGGUGGUCGUCAUGUUAUUGGGGUUAUUCCCAAGACGCUCAUGCCUCGAGAGUUAACUGGUGAAACAGUAGGGGAAGUGAAAGCAGUGGCAGAUAUGCAUCAAAGGAAAGCAGAAAUGGCGAAGCAUUCUGAUGCUUUUAUUGCUUUACCAGGUGGUUAUGGUACACUCGAAGAGCUACUUGAAGUGAUAACAUGGGCUCAACUGGGAAUUCAUGAUAAGCCGGUGGGUUUAUUGAAUGUUGAUGGAUACUACAAUUCAUUACUGUUAUUCAUCGAUAAAGCAGUAGAGGAAGGAUUCAUCAGUCCAAGCGCACGUCACAUCAUUGUAUUGGCACCAACAGCGAAGGUUUUGGUUCGAAAACUUGAGGAGUACGUGCCUUGCCAUGAAAGAGUUGCUUCGAAAUUGAGCUGGGAAAUGGAGCAACAGCUUGACUACAGUGACGAUGAUAUUUCUAGGUGAUGAAGAAUGGAUGCAGCAGGGUGUUUUUGGUUUUUGGUUUUUGGUUUUUUUUUUUUUUUUGAUGAAGA